GCGGUCUCCCACUUUUUCCGCAGGUUUUGAACGCGUCAGAAGCAGAUCUAGCUUGUUAGCCCCGGUGUAGCAAAGAUGCAGCUAGCUCUGAGUAAAACAUUUGGCCAGAAACCAGUUAAGUUCCAGCUGGAGGAAGAUGGAGACUUUUACAUGGUGGGAUCAGAGGUCGGGAACUACCUGCGGAUGUUCAGAGGUUCCCUCUAUAAGCGCUACCCGUCACUAUGGAGGCGGCUGGCCUCCGUGGAGGAGAGGAAGAAGAUCAUGGCUUCAUCACACGCCACCAGCGUGACGCUGCUGAAGGCCUCAGAGUGCGAGGAGAUCUUCGACGGGAACGAUGAGAAGUACAAGGCUGUGUCCAUCAGCACCGAGCCUCCAGCGUACCUCAGGGAGCAGAAGGCGAAGCGCAGCAGCCAGUGGGUUCCCACCUUACCCAACAGCUCCCAUCACCUGGACGCCGUUCCUUCCUCCACCUCCAUCAACAGAAACCGGAUCGGCCGCGACAAGAAGAGGACCUUCCCCCUAUGCUUCGAUGACCACGACCCAGCGGUGAUCCAUGAGAACGCGGCGCAGGCGGAGGCGCUGGUUCCGAUCCGGUUGGACAUGGAGAUCGACGGACAGAAGCUGAGAGACGCCUUCACCUGGAACAUGAACGAGAAGCUGAUGACGCCGGAGAUGUUCGCCGAGAUCCUGUGCGACGACCUGGACCUGAACCCGCUGGCCUUCGUCCCCGCCGUGGCGUCCGCCAUCCGCCAGCAGAUCGACUCGUAUCCUAGCGACGGGCUGCUGGAGGAGCAGGCCGACCAGCGCGUCAUCAUCAAGCUGAACAUCCACGUGGGGAACAUUUCUCUGGUGGACCAGUUUGAGUGGGACAUGUCGGAGCGCGACAACUCGCCGGAGGCCUUCGCCCUCAAGCUGUGCUCCGAGCUGGGCCUGGGCGGGGAGUUCGUCACCACCAUCGCCUACAGCAUCCGGGGGCAGCUCAGCUGGCACCAGCGCACCUACGCCUUCAGUGAGAACCCGCUCCCCACGGUGGAGAUCGCCAUCAGGAACACAGGAGACGCCGACCAGUGGUGCCCCCUGCUGGAGACUCUGACAGACGCAGAAAUGGAGAAGAAGAUCCGAGACCAGGACAGAAACACAAGGAGAAUUAGACGUCUGGCCAACACCGCCCCCUCCUGGUAGGAGGCCUCCAGCACAGACCCACCCAGAACCAUCUGGACCCACCCAGAACCAUCUGGACCCACCCAGAACCAUCUGGACCCACCCGGAACCAUCUGGACCGACUGCAGGCCUCCCUCUGCAGAUCACCAUGUAGCGCCUCAUGUAGUUUUUCUUCUGACCCGUUUCUGCUCCAUGCAGCCUCCACCGUGCAACUGCAGGUUCUGGCCUCCAGAACCAGAACCUUCAGGUUCAUCAUGAAGACGCUUCACUCCCGGGUUACCAUGGAAACCGCUGCUGGUUGGUGCCGACCGGAGCAGAAGUUCCUGCUUCUCACCAACCAGAACAAACCGAUGCUCCUGGUUCUGCUUUAACCCGGUUCUGACCCAGUAAAGGUUCUGCAUGCAGACUCAUGUUUCCUGAGGAGGAGGAGCAGGAUCUUCAUCACGUGGUUCCCUCGUGGGCAGACCAAGGUCAUUUCAUCUCUUCUUUUGUAAAUUGUUGGACCUUUUUAUUGACUGUUUUUAUAUGAAAACAAUAAAACAAAGAUUAACCGAA